ACUAUAAAUUUGUAGCCACUGAUACGCGUCCCUUUCAUUGGUUAAGUUUGAAUCGCAAAAAGAAAGCGUUUGUUCAGGGCUCAACGUGCGAUGUCAACGGCUUUAUGGCGCGAUAUUGCGUGCGAUAGAAAUGUAUUACGCACGCCGUAUUGUUAAGUUUGUAACUAAAGGCUCAGAAAAUUAACAUUAUCAACGGUACAAGUAGAAUAAAUAAGACCCAAGGAAAGUCGAAGAAAAUCGCGGUGAACCUAUUACGUGAUUUUAGUACUUCAUAAACAUUAAAACUUUCAUUCGAACAGAUUCUGUAUUACACCCAAAAUGAGUGCUUCGUUAUCAUUAUUAGCUAGCCACGAUGAAGUGGUACGUUGUACGGACGUACUCGUAAACGGAGCAUGUGAAGAAGAAUUCUUACAAUUUGCAAUAAACCAGGAAGAAAUGAGACAAAAAUGGCUAGCAUCUAUACAAGAAUGUCAGCGUCUUCAUUCAGCCUUAGAGAAAGCUCAUCAAGAAGCAGCAGACCUGGAUAGAAAACUAAGUCAUGCCAGAAGACUUUUAGAUGAGGAAAAAAGAAAAAGAAGGACUGUUGAGGAACAAAGAAAUGCAUUGGAAAGACAAAUUGCUAUGACCAGAGAUCUUUUAUUUAAUGAUGGUGGGAAAAACUUUAAUGAUGAAACAAGAGAAAAGUUACAGUUUUUAAAUAACACUACAUUAAAUGGUCGUCACAGUAACAUGCACAUUAAAGAUUUACAAAAUGACAAAUUAAAUACCAUAGCGGAGCUGGACUCCACUGGCUCUAUUUUAAGUGACCUAAGUUGCUUUUCAAAGUCAGAAGAUGACUUAGAUACUAGUGUAAUUAUUCAGCAACAUCAGAAAAAACGUGAAUGGAAAGAACAUAGACCUAGUGGUGAAUAUUCCACAAGAAAACGUCAUAGUACAGUACAAAAGAUUGCGGAAUUAAAUUCUUCUGAUAGAAUAGUGGCUACAACUACAGUAGUAAUGCCCAAAGAAGGCAAUAUCACUGCAUCCUCAGUAAUUGAGGCUAUACCUAGAGAUGAGAAUACAGAUCCCCAAGGUCCUUUACACAGCGCCCGUAAACGACGUAAAAGCGGUGAUCGUAGUAAAUCGAAAUUGGCACCAGUUAAUACAAAUGAAAUGCAAAUCGAUACCGCGCCCUCUGCACCAAAAGCUGACAAUCUUACUUCAGGAUCAGAUUCAGAAGGAAUUUUCAAACCUAGUCCAAACAUAGGAGGAUAUACUUUGAACACGAAAUCUGCUCGAGGUCAUAGUUUUAUAGCGAAGACAGUAAUCAAACCGGAAAUUUGUACACCCUGCGAUAAAAGGAUUCGUUUCGGAAAAGUAGCUCUGAAAUGUAAAGACUGCAGAGCUACUGCUCAUACAGAAUGUAAAGACUUAGUACCAUUACCAUGUAUACCAACGGGAAAUACACCCACAUUACGUGGCACAUCAGGAACUAUAGCGGAUUAUACACCUAUGAUCCCGCCAAUGGUUCCAUCAUUAGUUGUUCAUUGUAUCAAUGAAGUGGAAUUGAGAGGAAUGAGUGAGCAAGGAUUAUACAGGGUAAAUGGUGGAUCAACUGAAGUGAAAUGUUUGAAAGAAAAGUUUCUUAAAGGUAAAGGAGCUCCUAAUCUUUCUGAUGUUGACAUACCAACCAUAUGUUCUACUCUCAAAGACUUCCUCAGAUCAUUACGGGAGCCGUUAAUUACCGUGGGAUUAUGGGCUGAUUUUGUUCGCGCCGCUACAAUUCAGGAUAAACAAGAUGCAGAUGCUGCUUUGUAUCAAGCAAUUUCAGAAUUGCCCCAACCCAAUAGAGAUACACUUGCUUUUCUAAUAUUACAUUUACAAAGAGUGUCAAGUAGUCCCGAAUGUAAAAUGCCUAUUAGUAAUUUGGCUAAAGUUUUUGGUCCUACUUUGGUGGGUUAUAGUUGUCAAGAACCAUCGCCCACUUCUUUGCUUACCGAGACGAAGAACCAAGCUGCUAUAGUGGAAAGUUUAUUGAAAAUUCCUUCGGAUUACUGGGCAAAUUUUGUUAACCCCGAAAACUUAAAUGGUAUCGGUACUCAUAGAACUGGAGAACUAAGGCACACGCCAUCCACGGAAUCUUUACUUAAGCGUAGCACUUCCCGUGGCUUCUUUAACACUCCACUUGCUUCUAGUCGAACGUUCAUGAGGAAAAACAAAAAAUAUUUUGCUACACCUCCUUCUAGAAUAGGUUUCUAAAGAAGAUAGGUAUGUAAUUAAGUUACAGUUACUUUAAGAUAUAAAUCAUUUUCUACUCAUUCUUUUCAAUACUCAGCAUAAUGUUUCCAUAUUCUGUUGCAUAACGUCGAACAUAAGAUACUGUUAGGUUAUUAAAAGUACAAUAUUAGAAAUUAAAAGAAUUAAAAUCUGAAUAAUAUAUUAAAUAAUAAACAAAUUAUG